AUGUGGGAAUUCAAGCUCUAUCACUACGACCCAUCUUUUAUCGCCGCAAUUAUCUUUCUGGCUCUCUUUAGUGCUUUAACACUCUGCCACCUCUUUCAACUCAUUUGGCACAAAACUUUCUAUCUUGUUCCAUUCCUUAUUGGAUGUAUUUUUGAGGCAAUUGGUUAUGCCGGGCGUGCAAUAUCUGCAAAGCAGACUCCUGAUUGGGCUAUCAUGCCUUAUGUCCUCCAAAGUCUCCUUCUACUCCUCGGUCCGACCAUGUUGGCAGCUUCUAUCUAUAUGUCACUUGGAAGACUCAUCAAAUCCCUCGAGGCCGACUCUUACUCACUGGUCCCGAUUGAAUUUUUGACAAAGACCUUUGUUAUUGGUGAUGUUAUUUCCUUUCUGGUACAGUCUACGGGAGGAGGUAUGCUGGCCAAGGCCAAGUCCAAGGGUGACCAGAAGAUGGGACAGAACAUCAUCAUCGUUGGCCUUGCUGUCCAAAUCUACUUCUUCGCAUUCUUCAUCACCAUUCUUCAUAUCUUCCAUCGCCGAAUUACGGCCAACCCGACCAGCAAAAGUCUUUCUUCAGUCUCCCCCUGGAAACAAUUUGUCCUCGUUCUCUACGUUGAUAGUGGUCUGAUCAUGAUCCGAUCUCUUUUCCGUUUGGUUGAGUACAUCACCGGAUCGAACGGCGCAUUGCAGUCAACUGAAACAUAUAUUUAUGUGUUUGACGCUUCGAUGAUCUUCGUCACCGUUGCUCUUUUCAGUCUUGUUCACUCGGGACGAGCGAUAAGAACUCCUAGAGAACCGAUACAGACGUUUCAUAUAUGCAAUGACUUAGCAAGCAUUCCUUUACAAAACAAGAGCCACUUUUCGCCUUCCAUUGUCCAGCAACCUUUCACCAUGUCCGACCGUCAUCACUAUCGCUAUCUACAAGAACAUCCAAUGGCUCAGCAUCCCCCUCAGAAUCAUACAGACUCCCUUGACCAGUACAACUACCCCUCCUACUCAAUUUCGCCUGGUCGAUUUCACGGUCAGGCUUGA